AUGGCCACUCCGUGGCUGCUUCUGCUCUACCUCUUCGACAUCACCCUUUGUCUGGUACCUUCACUAAGACCGGACAAGGAGUGGUCUCUUAAUCAGGCAGUCCGCAUGCGCACAGUCAGGCUGGUGCUCUUAUACUGGUCACGGACUCGCUGGGGUGACCGCUUGAGGCUGGAGCCUGGUCGCGAGCGGGACAGAUUUGAGAUCAUCCAUCCAUCCCCAUCAAAACUGUACAGGGCGCCGCUGGAUGAUCCCUUCAUACGCCCGGCCACCAUCGGCGGAACAUGGACACCAGCCAGACCAAACACUGAAAAAUUAGGCGCCGGCACCACUUUUGUGCUGCACUUUCAUGGCGGAGGCUUUGUGAUUGGCGAUGGCCGCGAUCACGACACUGGCCUGCUGGCCCAGUGCCUUUUACGGAACCUCAAAUGUGACUUUGUCUUCACGCCACAGUACAGGUUGUCGAGCAGCAAAGGCGGAGAGUUUCCGGCACCGAUCCAGGAUGCCCUUACUUCCUAUCUCCAUCUUAUCAGAGAUCUAUCCAUUCCGGCUGAUCAGAUUAUCCUGUCGGGCGACUCUGCCGGAGGCAAUAUGGUCCUUGGUCUGAUGAGAUACAUCAGUGACUACGGGAAGGAGCUCAAUAUCCCCUCCCCUCGGGCUCUUACUUUGUGGUCGCCGUGGGUGGCUGUUGACUCGGCCUUGACCCAGGAUAUUCUCUUAUCGCCCAACCAUCUAUCAGACUAUAUAAACGCCGAAUUUGGCCGUUGGGGUGCCAUUGCGGUGUCAGGGUCUGGUUUGAUUGAUACUACUGGCCCAUACCUUUCUCCACUGAAGCAUCCGUUCACUCUGGAUCCUUCGAUUCCUGUGUUUGUGCACGCCGGAGAGCGAGAAGUUCUUUUGCAUGAUAUAAGCGAGUUCUCUAGGUGUUUCCGGACCCACGGCUGGUCUCUUUCUUAUCAUGUAUCCAAGGGAUGUCCUCACGAUAUCCUAUUGCUGGGAUCACGUAUUGGGUUCGCUCGGCAAGCUCAAGAAGCUGUGAAACACGCAAACAACUUUUUGUCGAAGCUCACGCUGCCGCAGACUCCGGUAGCACGGUUCAAGGAGGAUGUCACGAAUUGA